AGUGCGCGUUUCCGGUUUAUUCCACAGGUAAGCUGCUUGUUCGCGUCAGUCAGGGGAGAAAAAGCCAAAGAGAGCCUUAUUUUGUACAGUCUAUGCAAAAGACUGACAUAGUAUUCCAAACAAUUUCAAAAACUGGUGGUAAAGGUACUUGAAUUGUGUCAGGUGAAAUGUUUACUCGCUAACAAAAUAGGGUCACCGUUGUAAAAUGUUUUUUUUCUCGAAUGACAUUAACAUAAUGUCAGGCGUAUGCCACGAAACUUGUUCAGGGAAUCCAAAUUGAUGGUAAAAUAUGAACAAAUGUAACAACAGCAGGGUCGCUGAAGCACGGCUGAUACCAUACUGGUUGUGUCGCCUACUUGGUUAACUUUUGGCGACUUCCGUAUAAAGCCUCGUAUCAGACGUGAGGCGAAAAACAAGGAGCGGACCGCGGAGGGUUCCGAUUUGAGCAUUAGCGUUCGACAGUAGUGUCUGCCGAUUUAAAUGUUUAAUAGACAUAAACUUAUUUAGAGCAGGCUGGAUACAAAGUUCCACCACCAGACAUGUAUUCGCCGUCCUCGGUGCAAAUUAGAGAAGCAAAUGCCCACCUAGCUGCACUUCACCAACGAGUUGUGGAGCUGGAGGCUCGGCUCCAGACGGCGGAGAACACCGUGAGAGAGCAGGCUGAGAGUCUGAUCCGUAAAGAUCAACAGAUGAGUGCUGCAACUCGAGAAGUAACAGAGACCAAGGAAAGGGAAAUAACUUUUCUCUACAAGAAACUCUGCAAAAGCGAAGAAACCAUCCAACAUUACCAACAAUCUUUAAAAGACAGAGAGCUUCUUCUAGUCCAGCUACAGCACCGUUGCCACCUCCUGGACAGCAUUUGUGAGAACAGGCCAACUAUGGACAGCAUGCUUGCCCUGAUGGCUGAAGCGGAAAGGAUGGAACCUGUAGCCUGGGUAGCUGGGCUGAACAGCAGUUUGGAUGCAGGCAUUGGAGCAACCAAGGAAACGGGAGGAGAAGCAGUUGCUCAAACAGUAGAAGAAGAGGGCACAGGAGGAGAUGAAAGAAGGGAAUUCCCAAUUUGUUUAGUAUCAAGGUGCAUUUCUUUGCAAGCAGAGGGAACUAUAGAUUACAACAAAAUUAUCUCAAAUCAUCAUAAAGAUUUCUCUCUGAGUGACGAUGAUGUAGAUAAUAAGGAAAUGGAUGACAUGGAGUUUGGAACUACUGUUUAGGUAUAGGUGCAAAUAUAUUGGUUAAUACUCACCAGUUUAUUUACACAGUAGUAAAGCAAACUCCCAGUACAUGGACAACACUUCUGCCAUGAUGGGUUUGAAACUCCAUAGGUUACCAAACAUGUACUAGAUUCAGUAAAGGUCCACCACACAUUGGAGUGACAUUGCAUUGGGGUUAAAAGAUAAAUGGCCUGAAUGAAAUCCAGUGCUAAUAAAUAAAUAAUAAUAAUAAUAAAUAAUAAAUCAAAUGUUUUUUAAGACGGGCCCCUGAACUGAUUCUGAGAAGGUGACAUUAGAAAUGCUAUGAAGAAUGAAAUGCACCUUUUAAUCGUCAGUGAAUCAGAAAAAAACAAUGCAAUCAGCCCAGAUGGUAAAAUAUGUGGUAGUAAUAAUUAAAUGGUGAUUUGGUUUAUCUAACUUACAUUGUCAAUAAUGUGAAAUACUUAUAAUGUGUACAAUUUGUGCUAGAGCUGAUGGCUUUUUUUCAGAAUCUUUUUAUUUGAUUGUAUUUAAACUAAAUUAAUUAGCAAAAAACGUUAGCAAAAAAAAAUCAGAAGUAUUCAUUAAAUGGUUUAAAAAUA